AUGGGUGAACGACCAUCUACGCGUGGAGCAGGUUCAACUUCUUGUGACCAUCGGCCAUGGCUAUCCAACAGCGAGCAUAUGUAUCCACCGUUAUUAGUUGUACCCCGUACUUGUGCGGAUGGGGAGCCGACGGACGUGCAUCCCGAAACAGAAAACAACAACGCCGGUGGUGAAACCGGAACAAACAACCCACCACUACGGGCCCCCGCGGAUGAUGACCACUCACAGUCGGCAGAGAUGACAUUAGAGACAGAGGCGGCGGCCUGCGGCACCAUCGGGCUAGCCCCCACAGUCCCCGGCGAUGCUACAUUACUACCCGCAGUUGGCCAAGAAUUUAAUACACUAGUAGAAGGCAUCCAAUUCUACAUAAACUACGCCCGUAUUAGUGGGUUCGACGUACGUCACAGCAGCGUCAAACUAGACCGGGACGGGGUUUCAUAUUUGCGUUAUUUGGUGUGUUGCCGGCAGGGGGUUAGAGGCGGUGGGCACAUCCCUCGUCGUUAUGAACCUUCCAGUACUCGAGAUCCCCGGGAGCGCCGCCGUAGGAUUUCAAACAGGGUAAAGUGUCGAGCAAGGAUUGGGUUCAGGAAACGAAGCAACAGGAAGUUCUUUGUGUCUAUUUUUGAGGAGAAACAUACCCACCAGUUGUGCUCGGAGUCGUCUAAGGUUUUUUUGAGGAUAAACAGGCGUCUCGAUGUAGCCCAGCAAGCGUUUUUAGCGAAUUGUGUUAAAUCUAACAUUGGUGCAUCUACAGGCCUCCGGUUCUGCAAAGAAGCUAGAGGUUCAUACGCAAACAUUGGAGCAACUGACGUGGAAUUCCACAAUUUCAAGCGUGACCUACAAAAGUACGUUGAGGCGGGUGAUGGGGAGAUGAUUAUUGCAACGUUUAAAGCGAAGCAAGAAGUUUGUAGUGAUUUCUUCUUCGAUCACCAUCUAGACGAGGAAGACCGCCUAGCACGGUUGUUCUGGGCUGACCCAAAAGGAAGGCGUACAUUCAGGUGCUACGACGAUAAUGUUUCAUUUGACGCAACCUACGGGACAAAUAGGUACAGUAUGGUUUUCGUGCCAUUCACAGGCGUGGACAACCACAAGAGGUGCAUUACUUUUGGGGCCGGUCUGCUGACCAAGGAAGAUGCCGACUCAUACACUUGGCUACUGGAUAAAUUCAAGAGCUCAAUGGGGAAAAACCCAUUAUGCGUUGCUACGGACCAAGACCUGGUUAUGAGAAUCGCGAUGGACCGAGUCUUUCCCGAGACCCGUCAUCGAUACUGCAUGUGGCACAUCAUGACAAAGGUGAAUGAAAAGCUAGGAGGGAGUGCGUUAGGCAAAGACGAGACGUUUCGCAAGAAACUAAAUGAUAUCGUUUGGAAUGAGAGGAUCCACCCAGAUGUGUUCGAUGUGGAAUGUCACCAAUUAAUGACUGAAUACUGA